AUUCUCUAUGAAUUGGGAUCUGAUGGAACAAUUAGCUGCAGUAACUAUGAGAUAUUUCUAACGAGAGAUUGCUUAGCCUAUUCCAAAGUGAAGCCUGCUGUGAAUCAGAUUGAUUCUCUUGUCAAAUUCUGUCAGAAGCAUGGCAUCUGUGUCACUGCCCACGCUCCACUUGGAGGUGCUGAGGAAAACAGCGAAUUGUUUGGUUCAGUUUCAUGUCUGGAUGAUCCAGUUCUUAAGGAGAUUGACAACCCACUGCAUGGAAAGGACAACUAAGGAUGAUCAGAUACUUGUGCAUCUGUGCCCCCUUUUUUGGUCAGAAGAGGCUAGCAAAGUAUAUUAUCUAAUGGGUUGAUGCCUGCUUAAUUCCUCCUUUACUAC